AUGUCUCAAGAUUCACUUUACGCUAGAUAUAAACACGCCAGUUCCGUAUCUACUCCACCAACAUCAGCAUGGUCCUUAGGUGGAAUAGGAUCUGUUCCAGCACCAUACCCGUUGUCAUUCAAAACUGAAGGGGCUGACAAGGUUAGAGAGGAAGAAAAGUUUAACAAGACUGGCCUCGUUGGAGGGAAGAAAAUAGCUCCUACUGAAGACAUAUUAACUUCCUAUCGUGAAACUUCAAGUAAUGUUAUUCGGUCUCCAAGUUCUACCAAACAAAUGUCAAUCUUGGCACAAACAACUCCAGUAAGAAAACCUAAAGCGCAACCAUUGAAAUUGGAUUCAACCCCUCCGAUUGAUACAAAGCCAACGCCCCGCCCAUCAAAGUUACCAGGACAAUCUUCAUUUUACGGGUACGAACCAUACUCUGCUGAAGUUCCGUCGUUUCGAUCUGGACAUCUAAUUGGUUCGGGCUUUGAUGGCUUGAAACGUUCAUCUCAAUACGUUAAUCGUAUGAUUAACUUGGCUAGGGAGGAUCCAUCAAUUGCGACAACUUUUGAUCCUGAAAAAGACAAAUCGUUGUAUGAUACAGCCGUGGGCCUUUAUCGACAAUUCACCAAUACAGAUAUCUUAGAUUCUAAGUAUAUCGGAUCGGUUGAAUGGACAUUUUUGUCUAUUACGAGUUUGGUAACAAUUAAUGCGUUAAUAUAUCUGAGUUGUCACUGGAGUAUUCGGGCAAAAGCUUUUUUUACAUGUACAAAGCAAAAUGAUGUCCGAAAGGCCCAAGUUAUCAAAAUUCUUCCUGCACCACAUAAAGGGAAAGGUGAAUUAUGUGAACUACAUCACAAAAGGAACGGAGAAAUUUCAUUUUUUUACCAAAAGAAAAAAUACGUGUGGGAUAAUGAUAUAAAAAUGUUUAACAGAUUACGUUAUCCCGCCGAUCAGAAUUAUGUUGUUUCAACUUUUCAGAAUGCUAACGGUCUCGAAACUGCUAAUGACAUUAAAUCAGCUCAAGAAACAUAUGGGUUUAACAGGUUUGAUAUUCCGGUACCAACAUUUCGAGAAUUGUUCAAGGAACACGCUGUUGCUCCUUUCUUCGUCUUCCAAAUAUUUUGUGUUGGUCUCUGGAUUAUGGAUGAAUAUUGGAGAAAAGGUAGUUGGGUGACCGUUAAUUCGGAUGAGUUAUUGCCCGGUGAUCUGGUUUCUAUAGUACGUUCUAAGGAAGAUAAUGGUGUUCCAUGUGAUAUGGUUCUUGUGAAUGGUACUUGUAUAGUUGAUGAGGCCUUGUUAACUGGAGAGUCUACACCAUCAUUGAAGGAAUCAAUACAUCUCCGAGACGGCAACGAUGUGAUUGACACUAGUGGAGUUGUAGAUAAAUAUAGUCAAUUAUUUGGUGGUACCAAAGUUCUUCAAAUUACUCCUCCUUCUAAAGACGAGACAACAUUAUCUCCUCCGGAUAAUGGAUGUAUUGCUUAUGUUCUUCGUACUGGAUUCGGAACUAAGCAGGGUAAACUAGUGCGCACAAUGGUCUACAGCACGGAACACGUAUCUGCAAACAAUCUUGAAUCCUUUUUCUUUAUUAUAUUUUUGUUGAUAUUCGCUGUUACUGCAGCUGGAUAUGUUUGGAUUAAGGGUAUUGAAAAUGAUCGCAAGAGAUCAAAGUUAUUACUUGAUUGUAUUUUAAUUAUAACAUCAGUCGUUCCUCCAGAAUUGCCAAUGGAACUUUCCUUAGCAGUUAACACCUCUCUGGUUGCAUUAUCUAAGUUUGGUACUAUUUAUUGUACUGAGCCAUUUAGAAUUCCUUAUGCUGGUAAAGUUGAUGUGUGCGCGUUCGACAAAACUGGUACCUUAACGAGAGAAAAUCUCGUGGUCGAAGGAAUUGCUGGAAUCCACCCCGAGGAUUCUAAGAAACUGGUGAACCCUCCAGAUGCACUUCGGGACACAAUUCAAACACUUGCAACGGCGCACGCUUUGGCUCGAUUAGAUGACGAUGAUGAGGUUGUUGGUGAUCCAAUGGAAAAAGCAACAUUAGAAGCGUUGGAAUGGAAACUUGAUAAAAAUAAACGUGACACUGUAAUUCCACUAUCUCAAAGAUUUCAAUCGAGAUCGCAAUUACAAAUACAUCGUCGAUUUCUAUUUUCGUCGGCUCUCAAACGUAUGUCAAGUGUAUCCACAGUGACUACGCCUCGAGGGAAAAAAACAUUUAUUGCUGUUAAAGGUGCUCCCGAAACUCUUCGUCAGAUGUACAUUUAUGCGCCUGAUGAUUAUGAGGAGACCUUCAAGUUUUUCACUCGACGUGGGAGUCGUGUGUUGGCCCUUGGUUAUAAAUAUUUGGAGGAUAACAUGACUAUUGAUAAGAUUAACGAUCUUUUACGUGAAGAUGUCGAAAGCGAACUUAAUUUUGCAGGGUUCCUUGUUUUUCAUUGUCCACUGAAGGAAGAUGCUGUUUCCACUCUUAAAAUGCUAAACGAUUCAUCACAUCGAGUCAUAAUGAUUACUGGUGACAAUCCUUUAACUGCUUGUCAUGUGGCUCGAGAAGUGGAAAUUAUCGAUAGAGAUGUUUUGAUAUUGGAUAUUAAAGAAGACGCAAAAAGCCCGGAUGAGCUUGUAUGGAAGUCGGUUGAUGAGAAAAUCAUGAUACCUGUAAAUCCUACCGAACCAAUUGAACGAUCAGUAUUCCGUGAUUAUGAUAUUUGCGUAACAGGUGCUGCAUUGUCCCAAUAUGAAAGCAGACCAUCCGUUAGAGAGUUGUUGAGACAUACAUGGAUAUAUGCUCGCGUGUCACCUGGACAAAAGGAAUUUAUAUUAACUGGUCUUAAACAAGCCGGGUACACUACAUUGAUGGUCGGUGAUGGUACAAAUGAUGUGGGUGCUCUAAAACAGGCUCAUAUAGGUGUUGCAUUGCUUAACGGCACACCAGAAGAUCUUAGAAAAAUCACCGAACGUCGACCGAGACGUGCACCUCCACGAGUUGACCAAAUUGCCGAACAAUUACUACAAGACUUUGAUGAUGAACCUCCAAGCAUUAAAUUUGGAGAUGCAUCUUUUGCUGCUCAUUUUACUUCGAAACUUUCAAAUGUUUCUGCCAUCGCAAACAUUAUACGUCAAGGUCGAUGUACACUUGUCGCAACUAUACAGAUGUACAAAAUUUUGGCCCUGAAUUGCUUAAUUUCGGCCUAUAGUCUUAGUGUGUUAUAUUUAGAUGGAAUUAAAUAUGGUGAUGGCCAAGCAACCAUUUCUGGAAUGUUACUUGCCGUUUGUUUCCUUUGCAUUUCUAAGGCUAAGCCUUUGGAGACACUUAGCAAACAACGACCACAAACCAAUAUCUUUAAUUUCUAUAUAAUCCUUUCCAUAUUGGGUCAAUUUGCAAUUCAUAUUAUUUCAUUAAUUUAUAUAGUCGAUUUAGUAUUUAAACAUGAAGAAAAGAAGCCUGUUGAUUUGGAAGGCGAAUUCGAACCAAGUUUAUUAAACACAGCAGUAUAUUUGAUAUCGUUGUCUAUGCAAGUUUCAACAUUUGCCAUCAAUUUUCAGGGACAUCCUUUUAGAGAGAGUCUUAGAGAGAAUAAAGCACUUUUUUAUGGUUUAGUUUCAGUUGCAGGAAUUGCUUUUGCUGGAGCCAUUGAAUUUGUUCCCGAAUUAAAUAGUUUUCUACAACUGUUUAAAGUUUACCUUGUGCUCACUAUGUUGCUGGAUUAUAGCGUUGCGUGGUCAAUUGAACUUGUUUGUGAAUAUUUUUUUGCAAACAAUAAGCCCAAGGAUAUUGCUCUAAAAAUCAGAUAA